CGUUGCUAAGGAAUCCCGAGUACGCGCGAGUGGGUCGGACGCGCGCAGCUCGAGCGCCGCUCUCAGUGCUCAGACAUGGCGGCGGUCCUCAACCCGGAGUGGCUGUCUUGCCUGCCUUCUUUAUGGAGUUACGGCGUGACCCGGGACGGACGCGUCUUCUUUAUCAAUGAAGAAGGGAAGAGCACAACCUGGCUGCAUCCAGUCACGGGAGAAGCCGUCAUUACAGGGCACAGAAAAACUCCAGAUUUACCCACCGGAUGGGAAGAAGGAUACACGUUUGAAGGAGCCCGUUGCUUUAUCAAUCACAAUGAGAGAAAGGUGACCUGCAAGCAUCCCGUCACAGGCGUUCCUUCGCAAGACAACUGCAUCUUUGUCGUCAACGAACACCUGAAUUGUGGGAAACUUGUCCAUCCUGUUUUAAACAGACCAGUGACAAAAGCACCAGCGGCCGACAAGGAAGAACGUCCAACCAGCACCAUGAGUGAAGCAUCGAACUACACGGGCGGCUCAGACUAUACCACACAUCCCAGCAGUCCCACAACCAGAUUGUCCAGGUCUUCAAAGAAAGUCCACAACUUUGGGAAGAGGUCCAACUCCAUCAGGAGGAACCCCAACGCCCCGGUGGUGAAGAACGGCUGGCUUUACAAACAGGACAGUACCGGGAUGAAGAUGUGGAAGAAGAGAUGGUUCGUUCUGUGUGACAUGUGCCUCUUCUACUACAGAGAUGAGAAAGAAGAGGGAAUCUUGGGAAGUAUCCUCCUGCCCAGCUUCCACAUCUCCAUGCUGUCCGUGGAUGACCACAUAAGCAGAAAAUACGCCUUCAAGGCGACGCAUCCAAACAUGCGGACGUAUUAUUUCAGCACCGACACAGCCAAAGAUAUGGAGUCCUGGAUGAAGGUUAUGACUGAUGCAGCAUUGGUCCACUCUGAGCCAACCAGAAGGCUUGAGAAGGUAAAGGUUGACUCCUGCAUCCCUCAGGAGAUGAACAACAUGCUGAAUCACAGAGCCCUGACCCAACCCGAGAUGCAAAACAACGAGAGAAAUCGCGAGACAAUCCGCCAGGAGGAGUACAAGCAGAAAGAGAAAGACGGAGAGCGAUACACCCUCCAGAGAGACGCCGACAACUACGCUCUGCACAAAAACGCUCCAGGACUCACUCUGCAGAAAGACGGAGACCGAUACCUUCUGCAGAAGGAUGGAGAGAAAUACGCCGUCCACAAAGACGGAGAGAAGUACCUGCUGCAGAAAGACGGGCAGAAGUACACAUUACACAAAGAUGGAGACAAGUACACGCUUCAGAGGGAAGGCGAACAAUAUGUUCCACCCAAAGAUGGCGAGAAGAACUUGCAAAUGGAUGCAAGGUACCCUCUUGGAGACAAACACAAGCAGCCGAAAGACCCAGAGAAACCCGUCCCACCGCCACGGGAUGCCGAGAAAUACGGCUUCCAGAAAGAGGGCGCUGGAGAGCGGCCGCUCACUAAGAUCAACAGCAUCAAACUCCAGCCGGCUCAAGCGGCGGCCAUCGCUGCGGCCGUCUCAUCCUCCAGACAGCUCCAGAGCGCUGCGGGAUCCAGCCAGCACAAACCACCCCAAGUCAACGGUUCUGGGGAACGAGGGGGAGACAGAAGCCCCGGAGACAUGAACAAUACGAUGCCCCAGAGGACGACAGAACCAGAGCGAACCCUGAGCAGAACCAACUCCAUGCAGCAGCUGGAGCAGUGGGUCCGCACUCAACGCACACGGCCCCCAGACGACGACACCAGGAGCAUUACGUCCUACCAAACAUUGCCGAGGAACAUGCCGAGCCAUCGUGCACAGAUCGUCCCGCGCUAUCCCGAGGGUUACCGGACGCUUCCACGUAACAUGCUUCGGCCGGACAGCAUCUCCAGCGCGUCGGGGUCGAUGUACGACCGGGCGCUGCAGCCCACGACUGCAGAGAAGCGGCGCUCCAUACGGGACGACACCAUGUGGCAGCUGUACGAGUGGCAGCAGAGGCAGGCGCACAGCCGGAUCGGAUACGGGACGCUGCCCAGCCCCAAAACCAUGAGCCAGAUCGCAGAGUCCAUCCCCACGUCUCCUUCCCACGGAUCUCUGGCCGGUUACCACACCUUCUCCCCUAAUCGCCCCCUCAACCCAGACUCCCGCUCUGAAGUUACCUCGCCGGUGUUUCGUGGGGACGUGACCAUUGAACGCCGCCAUCGGCCGCACCUCUCCAAGGUUUCCUAUCCUGCCGAGCGCAGGCCUGUUCCUCCCUCACAGAGCAUCACUGCACAGUCUCUGCAAGGCAAAACGCCAGAGGAACUGACCCUGAUGCUCAUCAAGCUCCGGCGGCAGCAGGCCGAGCUCAACAGCCUUCGUGAGCACACGCUCGCUCAGCUAAUGCAGCUAAACCUGGAUGCCACUAAGCCAAAGAGUGAAAUCCUUUCCCAUCACCUACAGAGGAAUCUGGUGUACUUGGACAGCCAGAUGAAGGAGAAUGAGCCGGUAAUCUUCAUGAUUCACACUAUGAUUGAGAACUCGGCGCCAAGGCCGCAACUGUACCAGCAACAGAUGAGCCCUGAAGAGUACAGAGAAAACACCUACUUAUUCCGACCCGAGGAGCUGGACAUUGAUGCGAAGUUAAGUCGACUGUGUGAGCAGGAUAAAGUAGUGAGAACUCAAGAAGAAAAACUGCAGCAGCUCCACAGAGAAAAGCACACGCUGGAGACGGCCUUACUGUCGGCCAGUCAGGAGAUCGAGAUGAGCUCUGAAAACCCCACGGCCGUGCAGAGCGUCAUCCAGCAGCGGGACGUCCUGCAGAGCGGUCUGCUCAGCACCUGCAGAGAGCUGUCACGUGUCAACACUGAGCUGGAGCGGAGCUUGAGAGAGUACGAUCGACUGGAGGCGGACGUCACCAUGGCCAAAACAAACCUGCUGGAGCAACUCGAAGCCCUCGGGAGCCCACAGACGGAGCCGCCCAGCCAAAAACACGUUCAGAUCCAGAAGGAGUUGUGGCGGAUUCAGGAUGUGAUGGAGGUGCUGAACAAGAACAAACCUAAGAGAAACGCAGAACCCAGUUUUCCUGGUGCAAACCCCCUGUCAAACCUGCAUAAAAGUGAAGAGUCAGACUCAGUGCCUCCUCGUCCUCCUCUCCCGUACUCGUAUGAGGGGGGAGACCGGCCGCCUCACGCCCCCCGCACAACCCCUCACCGGCCCGAGGACCGCAAGGCCGCCCAGCGCAACGGUGCCCACAGCGGGCCUGACUACAGACUGUAUAAGAGCGAGCCGGAGCUCACCACGGUAGCUGAAGUCGACGAGAGCAACGGCGAAGACAAAUCUGAGCAGACGGCAGAGAAAGAGUCGCCCGGUGUCACCAAAGGUGUAGUUUACACCGUCGGCGUGGUCAGUCCCAGGAAUAAAUCACCCAUGCCUGAAUCGUCCACCAUCGCCUCUUAUGUCACCUUGAGAAAGAGCAAGAAACCUGAUCCCAGAACAUCCCAGCCGCAGGACCGUCCUCACAGUGCGGUGGAGCACAUGAUUGGCGCAGCAGAGGUGGGCCGAACACGCAUGAGCGUCGAGGAGCAGAUGGAGCGAAUCAGGAGGCACCAGCAGGGGGCGAUACGUGAACGGAGGAGAGAGGACGGAUCGCUGUCCCGAAGCCUCUCCUUCACUAAAGACAACCCCUACUACACCCUACAGAUGCGUAAGAAGAGCCCGGCGAUCUCUCCGGAUGAGCUGGACGACCGCAGAGACACCAAACCGACCCAUGCAGAAAAAAACUGCAAGAAUAUUGAAGAUCUGGAAUCUGGAAAUACCAACCUGGAGAAGAAGGAGAGAGCGCUCCUGUCCCGAUCGGCCUCUGUUAAAGAGUAUCUCCUGAAGUGCGCGGGGCCAAAACCAGUGCUGAACAGGGACCAGACAGAGCCCAGAUGUGUGAGUCCACUGGAGUACCGCAGGACCCUGGCCACUCAGAACAGCUUACAGACGGCCCUCAUGGUGCGCGUGGGCACUGAGGAAGACGAGGAGGAGGAGGGGGAUGAAGAGAAGCCCUCCAGUCAACAGCAGGACGUGUCUUAUGAGCUGACCAUCAGCAAACACGGCACGCUGACGUCAGUGAACAGUCUGUCGACUCCGCCCCAAUCUCCAAGCUCCUCCUCCUCUCCCCCGCCUCCGCCCUCCCCCCCACAGCUGACGGACGGAUCGCACUUCAUGUGUGUGUGAGAGGAGAGAUGGACGACCCCUCCAGCCACAUCAGUGAAGCAUGUGAGAGGACGUCCCACCGUGAGCCACACACAUCAUCAUCAUCAUCAUGAGACAGACAGGAAGUGCCGCCCAUCAGCUGACCGACACACAGCGACGUCCAGGCCUUAGUUCACACGAUUCAUUUAUAGUGCUUAUUUAUAUUCCUAUUGUUCCCUUUUGUUUUCUGUAGACCCCAGAGUUGAGUUGUGUUUGAUUGGAGGUGCUAUUAAACUCUCUCUGAUGUACAUUACAGCACCCAGACUCUCUCUCAACAGGAAGUGGAGCGUAAAGCCCACUUAUUUAAUUCGGACUGCCGAGGGUUGCGUUCAUCGUUCGCUUGUUUUUAUAUGGAUUUUAAUCAGUCGCUCCCGGUUUUAUCUAUUGUUGGUCGACGCGAUUUUUAGUACUCAUAUCUUUUGCACUGUACGACACCCAUCGUUGCUUUUUUGAUAUCAGAGGAUUUAUAUAUAAACGAUGUACAACUAUAAACUUUCAAUAAGGUGCCACCGUACUGCUGCCGAAGGACAGGAUUUGUAAAUGAUCUGUAUGUUGGAUAGUCCGCAAUAGCCACCACACUGUUUCCCGACACACUCAUGAAUGUUCCAGCUUAUGUUUUAUUUUUCUAUGGCUGAGAGAUAUUUAAGUAGAGAGACGAGUACAGCGUAUUACCAUUUUAAGAAGAGUAUUUCAGAGGUUUGAGGAGCAAGCGUUUAUAACGGUUGAUAAAGCAAUAAGCAGGGUUUGGUGUUCAACUUUGAUGUAUAAACUGUAAAGUUCAUGAUGUAUAUACUGUACACCAUUCUAUGAGCAGAGCAGACACACAGAAGAGGUUAUGUAUCAGAGUCAAUAUGCAAAUGUUCAUAUUUCAUCUGUUUUAUAUCAUGUGAAAUAAAUGUUGAUGUUCUUAUACAGUA